CUGUGAUUGGCGAAAACUUAACCUGUCAAAUUAAUCAAAAUUUCGUUAGUGGCUGGUAUUAAAGCAAAACGCCGAAUUUCCUCACGAUUCAAGUAAACAUCAGCAUUUACUGACACGGAAAACUUGAAAAAUGAGCGAGCUUAUCGAACUCAGUCCCGAAAAGGAGAGAAAACAGAGUGAAAGCAGCGACACUGAGUAUGAUCCCCAGUUUAAGCCCAUCAUUACAUUACCCGAAAUAGAAAUUAUCACAAAUGAGGAGAAUGAAUCUGAACUUUUAAAAAUACGUGCCAAACUCUAUCGCUUUGACUCUGUCAUCGAACCGCCAGAAUGGAAAGAGAGAGGUACCGGGGAGCUGAAGAUAUUGCGCCACAAUGAAAACAACUCUGUUAGAGUCGUAAUGCGUAGAGAUAAGACCUUGAAAGUCUGUGCGAACCACUUCAUUACCCCUUGGAUGGAGCUAAAGCCGAGUGCAGGGAGUGAUAAAGCUUUCGUGUACACUGUUUUAGUCGACUUUGCAGACGAAAAACCUAAAUCAGAGUGUUUAGCUGUUAAAUUCGGAACAGUAGACAAUGCGAACUUGUUCAAAUGUAAAUUUGAGGAAGCGAAGCAUAUAGUAGCAACGGAAUGCGACUUAUACAACGGCAAGGGUGACAAGGAGAACGAAAACAAUAUUUCUUCCGAGGAAGAAGAAGAAGAAGACGCAGAUUUGAGUAAGGACAAAGUAAAAUCUACCGAAUGUGCAGAAGUUACCCAGAAGAUCAGCGAGCUGAAGGUAACCAGUGACGAGACGAAAUAGCCCUUUCUGUUAAGUGUGUGUGCGUUAUUUAACAUAGAUUUCACUUAUAUUUGCUAUUUGAUUAUUACAUUAUCUUACGUUUAAUUAUAUUGUACGGAAUUUGUUAGGAUCAGUCAGAUUUAAUACUUUACCAAGAUGUGUGCAAGUUGAGGUGUGCGGUAUGUUGUAAAGCAUUCCAGAUUCCAAUGAAUAUAUUUUUGUAAAUUUUGCAUUAUAUAAGGAUAUAUGUAGAUCUGGUAGCACUAAUAAUUGAUUGUUCUGCAUUUGUGAAAAUAAACAAUUUUGUAAA